AGCAACAAAUCCAGCACGCCCAAAAUUUUGAAAUUACCCUAAUAAAUUAUCCAAAAGAAGAAAAGAAAAUAAUAAAGAUUUAAUUGAAAUUAAUAAUAUUUGAUAAGUAUCAAGUCCACACGCUCCAAAAAUUGCUCCAUCACAAUUUUCCCCCCUCUCUCUCUCUCUAGAAACCGGCGAAUCUGUAAUCUGAAUGGCGUCCCCACGCGAGGAAAAUGUGUACAUGGCCAAGAUGGCCGAGCAGGCCGAGCGCUACGAGGAGAUGGUUGAGUUCAUGGAGAAGGUCGUCGGUGCCGUCGACGGCGACGAGCUGUCCGUGGAGGAGCGAAACCUUCUAUCCGUUGCCUACAAGAACGUCAUCGGCGCCCGCCGCGCCUCCUGGCGGAUAAUCUCCUCCAUUGAGCAGAAGGAGGAGAGCCGCGGCAACGACGCUCACGUCUCGGCCAUCAAAGGCUACAGAUCCAAGAUCGAGGCCGAGCUCUCCUCCAUCUGCGACGGCAUUCUCAACCUCCUCGACUCGAAGCUCAUCGGAUCUGCAGCCAGUGGAGAUUCCAAGGUCUUCUACUUGAAGAUGAAGGGCGACUACCACCGCUAUCUGGCGGAGUUCAAGACAGGAGCUGAGCGCAAGGAAGCAGCAGAAAACACGCUCUCCGCGUACAAAUCCGCUCAGGACAUUGCUAAUGCUGAGUUGGCUCCAACACAUCCAAUCCGACUAGGACUGGCACUCAACUUCUCAGUCUUCUACUACGAGAUUUUGAACUCUCCUGACCGAGCUUGUAAUCUCGCCAAACAGGCUUUUGAUGAGGCCAUUGCUGAGUUGGACACUCUCGGAGAGGAUUCAUACAAGGAUAGCACCCUAAUCAUGCAGCUUCUACGCGACAAUCUAACUUUGUGGACUUCAGACAUGCAGGAUGACAUAUCUGAAGAGAACAAGGAAGCACCAAAGCCUGACAAGGAGUAACUCUUUCUCAGAUUAGUAUAUUUGGGGUGUUCUACCAUUUUCUGAAAAAAGGAAUGCUUUUUAUUGAUGAUUGUCUAGCUUGAUGAUGAUCACUUGUUUGGUGGCCGCCAUUUAGACAUCUUUAUGGUUUUCCAACUUCUAUAACAGUUAUAUGGAAUACUAAUGAUGUUUGUGCUUGGCUUGCUUAUAUAAUUGAUAUUUAUUUGUCAUUAAGGAAAAAAAAAAUCGUCUAUUGUGUAUAUUGUAUAUCCUUGUUUUGGAUUGCCUUUUAGAUGAUUGAACAUGGUGAGUGCAGAAUGGUCAUAAAUCAUGAUGCUAGACCAGCCUGUGCAGCCUAACAUUUGCCUUGUUAUGAGACCACCUUUUGACUUGGAUGUAUGAGUGCUAAUUUUAUCUUUCAUGUCAAAUGACA